CAAGGUGGAGCAGACUCCAGCGUUGUCUGAAGAACAUUGAAGGGUGGACAGGUAAGGGUUUGGAGGUAAGUUGAUCCAGGAAGGUAGCUGCACGGUGAGGUCUGAGGUUUCAGUCUACAGGACUUUGUGAAGGGAGAUCUCCUGGAGAGAGCUUAGGAAUGCACCUUGGGAAAAAACAGAGCUCAGGUGGUUCAGGAAGAACAUCUGAGAGAACCUGGAUCAGAACAGAUCCAUUAGAGACCUUCGGUUAUGCCGGAUCUGGAUUAGAUGAAGAUCUCCAUCUGAACAUGGAGUCAGUUUCUCUUCAUCACUUCUAAGAACUUCUUUCGAAGAUCUUCAUCCAAAACGUAUAAAGGUUGUUUACAAACAUGUAGGGGGCGGGGCUAUGUGACGUCAUCACGCAGUGGCGUAGUAACAUGGCGGCGGAUUAUUGGGAGACGGAGCGACCUGAUCCUCCUUCAGAUUGAAUCCAGCCACGGAGAACCCGGGCCGAACCGGGCUCGCCUCUGACGGUGUUGUCUCCAGGCUGACGGCUCCGCCCCCGUCAGUGUCACGCCCCCCUCUGCCGCCUAGACCCCCCCUUAUGGAGAGGAUCAGGAAGCUCAAACGGCAGCUGUCUGUCACUCUAGGGAGAGGCGGGGCCGGGGGCGGAGACAGAACUCUAAAUGAAACCAAUACUCAGGAAGUGACAUCACACAGUGAUUCAGAGGUGCAGUCUCUUCACUCCUCAGCUGCUCUGAAGGUCCGAGCAUCAUCAUCUUCGGCUCACUCGUUGCUGCAGUCCUACGGCAGCUCGAUGAGGAAACCCCGCAGUCUCGGACGCAGUCUGAGUUCCUACCUGAACCGCGCCACCAGACUGGAAAUUGUUCAUGAGGAUGUCAAGAUGAACUCUGAUGGAGAAAGUGAUCCGCCUUCAUCUUCAGAUGAUGUUCAGAGUCCAGUUCGAGUCCGCUUGAGGAACAAGAAGAUCUCAACUGAGGACAUCAAUAAACGUCUGUCGUUGCCAGCAGACAUCCGUCUUCCUGAUGACUACCUGGAGAGGUUCAGUGUGAUUGGUCCAGCUCUGUUUGAGCAGCCAAUCAGCAGACGGCUCCGCAGAGUUUCUCUGUCAGAGAUUGGGUUUGGGAAACUGGAGACAUACAUCAAACUGGACAAACUGGGAGAGGGGACCUAUGCAACGGUGUAUAAAGGUCGCAGCAAACUGACUGAAAACCUUGUUGCUCUGAAGGAAAUCCGCCUGGAACAUGAAGAAGGAGCUCCGUGUACUGCGAUCAGAGAAGUGUCUCUGCUGAAGGAUCUGAAACACGCCAACAUCGUCACGCUUCAUGACAUCAUUCACACACAGAAGUCCCUCACACUGGUGUUCGAGUACCUGGACAAAGAUCUGAAACAGUACCUGGACGACUGUGGAAACAUCAUCCAUGUUCACAACGUCAAGCUGUUUCUCUUCCAGUUGCUACGAGGCUUGUCCUACUGUCACCAGAGGAAAGUUCUCCAUCGAGACCUGAAACCCCAGAACCUGCUGAUCAAUGAUCGAGGGGAGCUCAAACUGGCAGAUUUUGGUUUGGCUCGAGCCAAGUCCAUCCCAACAAAGACCUACUCCAAUGAAGUGGUGACGCUGUGGUACCGACCACCAGACAUCCUGCUGGGCAGCACAGACUACUCCACCCACAUCGACAUGUGGGGUGUUGGGUGUAUCUUUUACGAGAUGGUGACGGGUCGUCCUCUCUUUCCUGGCUCUACAGUUGAGGAGGAGCUUCACUUUAUCUUCAAACUACUGGGUACUCCUACAGAACGGAGCUGGCCUGGAAUCAGUUCCAAUGAAGAGUUCACGGCUUUUAACUUUCCUCAGUACAGAGCAGAGAGACUGAGCAACCACACCCCCAGGCUCAGUAGUGAAGGAGUGGAGCUGCUAUCAAUGUUCCUGCAGUUCGAAGGGAAGAAGAGGAUCUCUGCAGACGAGUCCAGGAAACAUUGUUACUUCAGUAACCUUGGAAACAGAGUGAUGUCACUUCCUGACACGGCGUCCAUCUUCAGUCUGGCGGAGAUUCAGCUGGCAAAGGAAAGCAUGAGGCUGGCGGCAGCACCUGAUCCAGCUACCAGCCCAACCAGGAGGCGGAGUCUGCUCUUCUGACAUUUGAAGGAGGCGGAGUCAUCUGAAAGGGAACCAACAGCAGGAAGUGGCGUUUUACUUUGAAGGAGUUGUGACUACUGAUAUGGACGUGAAACAAAGAAGACACUAAAGAUUUUUGGAAUGUGAAGAAAACUUGUUUACAGAUGCAAUAAUGACUCACAGCAGCUACCGACCAAUCAGAGGGCAGCAUGUUUCAGAAAUGAACCAAUCAGGUUCGGUCUUCCAUUUUACUUUGAAGAUUAAAAUCACAAACUCGGUUGACCUGGAACAGCAAUGUGAACUCUGGCAUCACCUGCAACAGCAGCUCCAGCUUAUGACAUCAUAGCGAUGAUGUCACACUGCAGCACCAGGUAGAACGUGGUCUGAAUGUUCUGUCAGGUGUUUCCGUUUAGGAGAAAUGAAUAAGAUAACAAGACUGACUCAAGUCAUGGAGAGCACACAUGACCUGGAUGCAGUAACAGGUGUGAUUCUGAUAACAUUUCUGCAGGAGGAAGCCAUUUGGACUCUUAUUGUGAAGGUUUUAAGCUGUUUCCUGCUCUGUGCAUGUGUGUGUUGUACACACAGUUUUGACUGUAAGUGUAAUAAUAUUUCUGUAUUAUGAUAAAACUCAGUGAAGAUAUUUAGAGUUAAACUGCGGUACUCUGCUGAAGUUGAACCUAAAGUUGGUUAAUUUCAGGUUUAGAUCAAUAAAUCUUUUUGUUGUGGUGGUGAUGGUGAUGGGGGUGGUGAUGGAGGUUGUGACGGGCUGCACGGUGGGACAGAUGCACUGUUGCCUGGGUUCUUCCUGCAUGGAGAAUGCAUCUCCUCCUUGUGGAAGCGUGGGUUCUCUCUGGGUUCUCCAGCUUGCUUCUACAGUCCAGAAGUUAGGUUAGGGGUGCCGGCCCCCCGUGACCCUGCACAGAUCAGCAGGUAUUGACAGUAGAUGGAUGGUUGGAGGUGGUGAUGUCAUCUGGGCCUUGAUGAAAUCAGUAUUUCUGACCUGACCCAGUCAAAGCUCAGAGGAACCUGUGGGGCUUUAAUUGGAUGAUUCAAAUAACAACCAGAAACAUUUUUUCUGGUUCUUUGGGUUUGAAACGAUCCAAACGGACCUCCAGUCACUGGCUCGGUUUUGUCUGAGGCUAAAUUUCAAAUAUUUUGAGGAGAAGUUGUCAGUAAUAAAAAACAAUAAUCUGAUUUCUUUAUUCCCAUCUUGAAGAGUUUAGAUGGAAGGUGUGAACCUCACCUGUAGAGUUCAGGUGUCAGUGGGCGGGGCUUUACAAGUAAUCAGUCUGUUAGUGACAUUUUUAUACUGUUGAGUUGCUGUUGUCCCUGAGGUAAAUCUUUGACAUUAAUUUUAGCAAUAGAGGAAAGCUCGUUGACUCCUAACGAGUUUUUAACUCUGAGGAACCUGGAGCUUUAACUGGCGGUCAGGUUUGUGAGGCCAGAACCGAGGUACCCAGGAAGCAGCUCUUCUCUCUCUGCUGCAGGUCCCAUCUGUGAGAGGGAUGGAUGUUUCAAAAUAAAAGCAUUCCAUAAAAGUUAAACCUUAAGGAAGGAACAGAUAAGGAAAAAACUUUAAAUUAAUCAGUUUGAUGUUUCUCUGCAUGAAAAUGAGUGUUGAUAUCUGCAGCUGCUGGUUUGUUUCUGGACUCUUGGUGUUCCUGUGACCCAGGUUUAAAGUGAACCUUCCCUCAGCCACGUUCUCACUCUGCCCAGGACUGUUGAAUGUACCUACCGGCUGCUCAGCUGCUGAAGCUCACAACAUAUGCAGAGACAGAAGCACAGCUUUUAAAGGUCAAUGAUCUUCAGCAACAUUUUGAAAACAUGAAAGAUCUUAAAGUAGGUUCUGCUCCACAGAGUUGCAGGUUCUGUUCCUUCAGGCUUUCUAAAUUAUUGUUUUUUGUCAUCAAACCAAAGUUGUCUGCAAUAUACUGAACUGCAUGAUGGUAUUCUUCCAGUGAACUUUAAUGCUGUUUAUCUUAGAAAUCUUCCAUUUGCUUGAAAGCACCGAAGUGUUUGAUUUACUUGAAUGAAAACAGGAAGUGGAUAUUGUUCUGGUAUUUAUCUGUCUGUACUCUGGAUGUAUAAACAGAACUGACUAUAUAUUAAAAGAUUUUAUUUAUUAUCA